AUGAACAUUAUUGUACCACCCGGCCUUUACGACACCAGCACCGCUCACGGUACUUUCUCAGCCAUAAAUGCUUGCUAUGCGGGAAUGGAUGAGUUUCCUUGGCAACACACCAUUAUUUCAGCGGAAAAUGAGAUACCCAUACAUUCGGUUCACUACAUUGCGGACAAUGCCAGAAGGCUUGGAGAUGCGGCGCGGAUUGGAAGAGUGACGAUUUCUGAAGAGCACACAAGAAUCCUUGGAGAUGAUCUCUCUAAGACCAACCAUCAAGAUCGAGAAUAUCUACGGCGAACGGUAUGCACGUGGCUGAAUGAUCGACGCUUUCCCCUCACGAUAUCCCGAAGUUUUCACGGGCCUCUCUUCAGAUUUCUGGGUGAACAAAAUCUCGAAAAUUGUCAAGUAAGCACACCUUUUGCACGAUAA